AUAUGACUGAUCUCUAUCAGAGAAACAAUCUCUUCUCGGUCGAUGGCCUUGUGGCUGUCAUCACCGGCGGCGGCUCUGGCAUCGGACUCAUGAUGACAAGGGCUCUCGCANGCCAACGGAGCGAAAAAGUCUACAUCAUCGGCCGCCGCAAAGAAAAACUCGAAGAAGCCGCUUCCACCAACCCCUCCGUCAUCAUCCCAGUCGUCGGCGACGUAACCUCAAAAGACACCUUGAAAGCCAUUGCCUCGCGCAUCGAGUCCGAAGUCGGAUGCAUCAACCUUUUAGUCUGCAACAGCGGUGCCAUGGGUCCUGCAUCAGGCGUCAACAAUCGCGAAGUCAGUAUUGCUGAAUACGCAGCUGCGGCUAUGAAUCAAUCCUGGGAUGAUGUGACGGCUACACUAAAUAUUAAUGUUACAGCUGUGUUUUUUACCGCAUAUGCCUUCCUCGAGUUGUUGGACAAGGGGAAUAAGAACCCGGUGGCCAACAAGACGAAGAGUCAGAUCUUGAUUACGGGGAGUAUUGCUGGGUUCAGCAAGCAGCCUAACCAAUCCAUGGCAUACAAGGCCAGUAAGGCGGCGGUGAUGCAUUUGGCAAAGAACUUGUCGAGUGAAUUGUGGCCAUUUAAUAUCAGGUGCAAUGCCCUUGCCCCUGGCNUGUACGAUGGAUUUCAUGCUGACAUUCGCGAAUCAAAGUGUUUUCCUUCGGAGUUGGCCACAAGUCUUAUUUCCAACUCAAAGGCAGAUCCGCGAGAAGAAGGAUCUUUCGACAAGUCGUACAUUCCUGCUGAGAGAACUGGCGAUGAAGAGGAUAUGGCAGGGACCAUUCUGUACAUUGCUUCCAGAGCCGGCGCUUACCUGAACGGCAACAUCCUAAUGAUUGAUGGAGGACGCUUGAACAUCAUGCCGAAUUCCUAC